AUGCAGUCCGGAGGUGGGGAAGCCGCCGCCGACAGCACCGUCUCAGCGGUGGUUGUAGAAGACGACAAGGUGGUUAAGAAGAGGAAGGUCGACAGCGAACCAGCACGGUCUAGCUUGCACACCUUCUCCAGCGAUGUCUUCGAAGUACAUGUCGGCCCUGAACCCGUCCGCUUCGUCCUACAUGAAACCCUCGCCUGCCGCGUCUGCCCAUUCUUCGAAAGAGCAAUUCAACGCGGCUUCGCCGAAGCGACCUCAAGGAUGAUCACGCUGGCCGAUGACGAGCCCGAGACAUUCAGCGAGGUCGUAUCCUGGAUCUAUCGAGAUGAACUCUUCCCAGACAUCGCGUUGCCUGAAUAUCCAAAGAACAUCCAGCUCUGCAAGCUCUGGGUUCUCGCAGACAAGCUUUGCAUGCCCGUCCUCCAGAAUCGCAUCGUGGAAGUCAUCGCAUGCAAAGCUAAGGCGCAGAAUCGUGCCACUUCCACGGAGACCUUGGAUUACAUUUGGAGCCACACACCCCGGGGAGCACGACUGCGCACCGUCUUCGUAGUCAUAUGUGUACGGACCAUGACAAAACCUGAUUUUUGGGACAGGAAGGAAACACUUCCUGCGGAGUUCGUACAAGAGUUUUGCUACGCAUUGAUCAAUACCCUUGACGCCGCGCAGCCCGACCGAACAAGAAACAUCUUGGAACUCCAAUAA